CUAAUGCGUUGGUUCAUACGUGUCGUCCGCAUUCAUGGUGUGAUGGAGCGCCGCCGUGCGGUAGAUGCAGCUGGUCACCACUCUCACCACCUCAUCCAACGACCGGAAGGUGCCGGGGAAGCCGGGGAUGACGCCGGAAGUCGCCACACCCCACGACUGCAAUUCCCAGUCGGCCACCACGUCACCAUCGCUGAAGUAGUAAGCUGACAAGUAGUUCUAGGGAAGGGGAAGGCGGGGGGGGAAGGGGGGGUGCGAGGAUGUAUCAUGUCACCGGCUGGUCACGCAGUGGCUCGUCAGCUACCUUCACGAAGGUUCUGAUGGCGUCGUAGAAGCUGAUGAGGUCGUCCUGUCGCUUGAAGCCAGGAAUCUUGGCGGUGCCGCGCUGCGCCAUGCGCACGUAGAGGUCGGCAUCCCAAAAGCUCCCCUCCUCCUCCAACCUCGUCCACGCAUCAACAACCCACCUGCCCGUAGAUACAAAAAUGCAUUUACACAUACAGCAUCAGGACGAAGUGCCAUGCCUCAGACGAAACUCCCUGUUGUGAGCACAGCCACUUGCACGUAGACGGCAUGUCCCACUCUAUCCCGCGAUACAUACAUGCCAUGCCAUCCGUCUGCCUAUCUGGCGUACUUGUGCGAGCCGACAGAGCCCGGUCCAAACACCAUGUCGAUGCCACCGCCGGGCGCGAAGAGGGCGAGGGAGAUUGCUUGGAAAUCGUUGAAGAAGAGCUGAGACAUAUGGUGCUCAAGGAGGACAUGCACUGGGUGGGUGGGGUGUAGCUGACGAUGCAAUUCGACACGCACAGGGUCGAGUAUCUGCAGGCAGACAGUUACAGAGGUAGGCACAUAAAUAGGCCGAUGUGAGACCAUCCCCAUGCCAGCACACAUGGUAUGAGAUGUCCAUGUACUUCUCUUCUCAGCCCUUCCCGUCCCUACCUACCAGAUGGACGUGGAUGAAGUGGUCGUAGGCUUGGGCGACACCCUCGGCAGCGUCCGCAGCCAUCUUGGCGAGCUGCCACUCGCUCGCCGUGCUGUUGGUCCAUUUGACCACGCGGCCGGUGGUGGGAUCCUCCAUCCCGGCCAGCUGGGGCGUGUAGGUGAUACCGUUGUCGACCACGUGUAUAGCGAAAACGAUCAACUUCUCCUCGGCCUUAGGGAUGAGGCCUUGGCCGUCACGACCGAGACUUCGUCGGUUGCUGAUGACGGAUAUCGGGUGGCCUGUAGCUGUGGUGCCUGAUACUCGACAAAAAUAGGCGAUAGUCGAAGGAGUGUACUGCAGAAAGACACACACACACACACACACUCCACACAGAGGGAAACACAUACGUACAGCCGUAAGACACCCUCCCUCCCUCUCCUACUACCUUCCAUGGCGUAGCUGGCUUGUUGUAGCGGUGCAUUUCCGAUAUGUCCUGCGCACCCACACCCAUGGAAGUCCAUAUCGACGCCUCUCUGUCCGUCGCUGUACCAAACGCCUGGCUUUCACGUGUCCAUACAUACAUCCACCAAUACCCACACCCACCACGAUGAAAAUGUCCUCGGCCUCCAGGAGCGACGGGAAGUCUCGCCCGCAGGCUUCGAGCGUCACGGAAGGGUUGUCAUCAAAGCGGUUGGUGAAGCGCGGCUCGUUUGGUAUCUGUUCGAGGCGAAAACCCUUGACUGAUCCAAACAACAGGGACGCAGUAGGUACACGUGUAUAGAGUAUAUCAUGAUUGAGAAGGGUGUUGGAAUGCCCUCGGAAAGUGCAGCCAAUGGACCUGUGAGGCGGUCCAUGGCAAAGGCUUCGUCAUUGGUGCCACUACAGACAGGCAAAUAGGGAGGGAGGGGGAUGUCCCGUUCGAUCCCACUUAUCUGUGCCCUUCCCUCCCUGCCUGUAGGAUGAGUAGGGACGGUCAAGCAGUCCAAUCUUCUGAAUGCUUUUGCUGUUCUCGAGCUCGCGGUACACCUCUUUGAAAAACUCCUCCCCGCGGGAAGGGGAGUCACGCAGCAGUCGCUUUAGCAGCUCAAUGGCAAGAUUCUUGCGUCUGUAGCUGUUCUUUUUCGUCAUCGGCAGGGCGAAGAGGGCCGCGUCCUUCAGCAGAACUGUGCGACGUGCAGGACAUACAACCAAGCAUCGCUUACUACUCCUCUCUCUGACGAAUGGCUUUGUCUGUCGACUCCCUGACGUACGUGUUUGGUAUCGUGUGCAAUCGUCCUCGCACAUUAACGGGCUCAGCCUGCUGCUGUUAAACUCUUUCAACGGCGGGAGGGGACGAGGCAUGGGACCUGCAUGAGCGCACACAGGUGACGCCGACCGACACAUGUAGGGUCAAAGAAGGCAAGUGAGGAGGCAACCCCGUUGCGUGCAUUGUUGGAUCAGUGGAUGUCGUUAAGCGUGUGCAGGACAUACAACCAAGCAUCGCUUACUACUCCUCUCUCUGACGAAUGGCUUUGUCUGUCGACUCCCUGACGUACGUGUUUGGUAUCGUGUGCAAUCGUCCUCGCACAUUAACGGGCUCAGCCUGCUGCUGUUAAACUCUUUCAACGGCGGGAGGGGACGAGGCAUGGGACCUGCAUGAGCGCACACAGGUGACGCCGACCGACACAUGUAGGGUCAAAGAAGGCAAGUGAGGAGGCAACCCCGUUGCGUGCAUUGUUGGAUCAGUGGAUGUCGUUAAGCGUGAUGCCUACCUGGCGGGAAGUCCUGAUGAAACAAAACAGAGAUAGCUUGCCAUCGGGCGACGAGAGGUGAGCGCGUGCAUGCACCCCUCCAUCUCCUCCAAUCCCUCCCUGCCUAUCUGCCUGUCUUACCACGCCCGUGAAGCCGCCGUCAUUGCGGAACCUGGAUCCGAUAUAGAGCUGCACCCACACAUACACAAACCAACAGAGACGGAUGGCACGCUGGCAGGCAGCUGUCUACCCUCUGCGUGUGAGAACCAAUGCCCCGAACACUUGAUACGCCCCUAAGUGUACUACCAGUACUAUUCACAUAUCCACAAACCUGUCUUGGGCCGUUGCGGAGGUCCUCGUCGCCCUGCACUCUCACAAGGUCGGCCUGGCGCGUUGCGGUGGGGAGGUGGGAGCGUUGAGGCAGACUCAGAAUCCUUGUUGCGAGGGGCGAGGCUACCUCUGCGCCACCAAAGAGGAAACCGAGACAGCAAUGAUGUAGUGGCAGUUUCACCGUAUCGUGCGUCCGACUCAGAUGGCUGCCUGCUUACGGGCUUUCAUUUCACGAGCCAGGAAGACCGAGGCAAUGGUGGCCAACGAGGCCAAGAGAGGGUGGAGGUUCGGCAUUCCGGAGGAGGUUGUGCCAGACGUCACGUCACAUCAGGUAGGAAACUGAGCAAUGCUGCACGGUUGAG